AACUGGGGAAGCGGGAAACCGUGGGCACUGGAGACGCGCGGCACCGGGGAACUGGGCAGCCGUGGCACUGGGGAACCGGGAGCACCAGGCAGUGCAGCACCGAGGAAGAGGGAAACCGGGGAUACCGGGGAGCCGGGAGCAUCAGGGAACUGGGAAGGCGGGAAACCGGGGAACCGAGAGCACCAGGGAAUCGGGAAACCGGGAGCACCAGAGAGCCGAGGAACCGGGAGCAUCAGGGAGCUGAGGAGCAGCGGCACCGGGAAACAGGGGGCACCGGGCAGCCGCAGCACCGGGGAGCCAUGGCACCGGGAGCACCGGGCAGCUGCAGCACCGGGGAAUUGGGGAACCGGGAACACCGGGGAA